AUGAGUGCGCCAACGGAUCAUUCGGCGAUGCACACAGAUCUGGAGAAUGGAGUGUCUACGAGGAACUCUGAUUCAUGUUACCCCGUGGAAUACGAGCCCGAGAACAAGAUCCACGACUCACCGGAAUACAAGCAAGAUGCUUUUGGUAAUGAGGAGGGAGCUGAAGUCAAGUACAAGGUCUUGAAACAUCUUCUAGUCAUGGUUGCCGAGACCGUCUCCCUGGGUGUUCUCUCUCUGCCUGCAGCAGUCGCGACAUUAGGUCUCGUGCCAUCAAUCAUCCUGAUCAUCGUGCUCGGCCUCCUCGCAACAUGGACCGGUUACAUGAUCGGACAGAUGAAACUCAAGUAUCCCUAUAUCAUGAACAUGGCGGACGCCGGCGAAGUGCUCGCCGGCUCAUUUGGUCGCGAAUUCAUGGGCGUCUGCCAGAUUCUUUUCCUCAUCUUCAUCAUGUCCAGUCAUCUGUUGACGUUUACCGUGGCCAUGAACACGAUCACCAGUCACGGCACUUGUUCACUGGUCUUUGGGAUUGUGGGGACGAUAGUCUCGUUCGUGUGCUGUCUGCCCCGGACCUUGGAAAAGAUGUCUUGGUUAUCUCUUGUCAUCAUCGUCGCCGUCUUCAUCUGCAUGAUCGCCGUCGGCAUUGAAAAUCCCGGCAAUGGCGUCGUCGCCGUCGCCCAAACCGAUCUAUACCACGGCUUCGCAGCAGUCUGCAAUAUCGUCUUUGCCUUUUCCGGCCACGCAGCUUACUUUGGACUGAUGGCGGAGCUGAAGAACCCUCGGGACUUUACCAAGUCCCUCUGUCUUCUGCAGGGUAUCGAUAUCAGUCUGUAUAUGAUUGCCUCGCUGGUGAUCUAUCGGUAUGCGGGCGAUAGUGUGACUUCUCCUGCUUUGGGCUCCGCGUCUCCAUUAGUGGCCAAGAUUUGUUAUGGGAUUGCUCUUCCUACGAUCAUUCUCGCGGGCGUAAUCAACGGCCACGUCGCCGUCAAAUACGUCUACAUGCGCGUUCUCGCCGGAACAGAUCGUAUGCACAAGCGUGACUGGGUCGCAGUCAGUUCGUGGGUGGGCAUUGCGGCGGCUCUGUGGAUCAUUGCCUGGAUUAUCUCUGCUGCUAUCCCUGUUUUCAGCAACCUACUCAGCCUGAUUACGGCCCUUUUCGCAUCCUGGUUCAGUUACUGUCUUGGAGGCGUCUUCUGGCUAUACAUCCACAAGGGCCAAUGGACGUCCUCGCCGCGGAUGAUUGUGUUCUCCAUCAUCAACUUGGUGCUUAUUGGGAUUGGUCUGGUGAUUUGCGGAAUGGGCCUUUGGGUCUCUGGCAAGGCGAUCCAUGAGAAUCCCAGUAGCGCGAGCUUUUCCUGUGCGAAUAAUGCGUGA